CAUUAUUGUGCUACAUUGCCUUUAGCCCCAAACACUACUGUGCACAUCUGUCGACUGUAAAUAAUAACCAAAAUGUCACGACAGGUAACAGAAUCUUUGUGGACUGGAUGCGAGAGAGGAGCCUACCUAACAAAGUAGCAUCGCGUACCUAAUUGCAGUAGCCUAGCCGAGUAAGCGAUUAUCUCAUGGCAGCUGGUCUAUUCUUAACUCCUGUUCUGUUAAAAUCAGAAUGAAGUGUUCAGCAAAGAAUAGCCUUACAUACGUGAUGGUGUUACGGUUUCCCCCAUCUGUUUGACUUAAUCUCACCUUGUAUUUAAUCACGCCACAUACACUUAUUUCGUGAUCGUCAUAUCAAUAUCAAAGUUCAUACCGGGUGGACUGUGUUGAAAUGUGAAUGACACUGCUGUUAGUCGUUUUAUUGACAGUAAACAUUUCAAUUUCUCAAGUUGCAAGCUAGCCUGUUAGCCUGCUAACUGUUAUAAAACCAUCUUCCUAAAGUGCGCUGUUCUCGUCCAAGUAUCUGCUAGUUCUUUCUGCGUGCGCACGCACCGUAGCCUGCUAACAAGAACUAGCAGCUUAGCAGAGGCGGGUGUUGUGCCUGGAAUCCGUGGCCCACAUCAUUCACCUCACCACCACCUAGUGCAGUGGGUUUCCUCGUCGUCUCGUAACAGGACACUCUCCUGGCAGGCGCUGUGCUGUGGCUGUUCCUGGCGGCACUGCCUGUUUGAGAUUGCAGUCUGAAAGAGCCUGCAGCAGCUGCUCCUACCUCUGUUCACGCUCUCCCCAUGUGAGGCCUGGCCUGCCACUGAAACGUUGCUUUGGGAGGGGGGUGGCUCGCGUCUACAUCUGCUUUCUUUCGGCGUCUCAGUCAUCAUGGGAGGAGCUGUCAGCGCCGGAGAGGACAAUGAUGACUUGAUUGACAAUCUCAAGGAGGCAAAGUACAUCCGCUCGGAACGGGUGGAGCAAGCGUUCCGCGCAGUCGACCGCGGUGACUACUACUUGGACACCUACAGGGAGAACGCGUACAAGGACCUGGCCUGGAAAAAUGGCAACCUACACCUAUCGGCGCCGUGCAUCUACUCCGAGGUGAUGGAGGCCCUCACGCUUCGCCAGGGACUUUCCUUCCUCAACCUGGGUAGCGGCACAGGCUACCUGAGCACCAUGGUCGGCCUCAUCCUGGGUCCUUUUGGAGUGAACCAUGGCAUUGAACUGCACAAGGAUGUGGUGGAGUAUGCCAAGGAGAGACUGGAUAGUUUCAUUAGAAACAGUGAUAGCUUUGACAAAUUUGAAUUUUGCGAGCCAAAAUUUGUGGUGGGAAACUGUCUAGAAAUCUCCUCUGACAGUCACCAAUAUGACCGCAUUUACUGUGGAGCAGGAGUCCAGAAGGACCACGAGGAAUACAUGAAAAUCAUGCUGAAAGUCGGCGGCAUCCUUGUUGUGCCAAUUGAAGACCAGUUAACUCAGAUCACCCGGACUGGCCAGAGCUCCUGGGAGAGCAAGGACAUCCUGGCCGUCUCCUUUGCACCUCUCGUCCAACAGAACAGAGCUGAAGGCAGCAAACCAGAAACAGUUGAACUCCCUCCCAUCUCCAUCCGGAGCCUGCAGGACCUGUCGCGCAUCUACAUCCGCCGCGCGCUCCGCAGCCUGAUCGAGGAGACCAACCCCACCACGCAGCGCGCACCCCACAAGCGCAGGAGGCGACGCUGCCGACGGGGACGCAUCAGCACCUACGUGUUUGUGGGCAACCAGCUGAUCCCGCAGCCCAUGGAGAGCGAGGAGGAGGACCGCGCGGAGCAGGAGAUCAAGGAGGAGGUGGAGGAGGACGAGGACGAGGACGAGAAGGAAGGGGGUGAGGAGCAGCCGCUGAAGCCAGAGGAGCCGCGCGUCAACCUGCUGAGAGAGAAGAUCCUCAGCCUGCCCCUGCCCGACGCCCUCAAGGCCUACCUGCUCCACUACCGGGAGAAGUGACUAGGGGGCUGAGGCACUCAUUCUCUGUCUAUCUCUGUCUCUGUUUCUCUCUUUCUUUCUUUCAUUCUUUCUUUCUCUCUCUCUCUCUCUCUCUCUCUC